AUUCGUCUUGUUCAUUCCCGCCGACCAUCCUCGGUUUUCUCGCCUCCAUAUGAUGCCCAUGAUGACCACAUUUUGCAGGUCACGGGUCCGCCUCCUCCCCCUCGUCGCUGUUCUCGCCGUCGCCGCCUCUCUUGAGCCACUCACACCACUGAGCAAGGCCAUGGCCAUAGACGUCAGUGCAGUGGCAAAGGGCGGCGCGGUGUUGGACAAAGCCGCUCUUUCUUCGUUGAACAAGAAGUUGAAGGAUGUCAAAGAAGGGAUCGAGCACGGGAUAGAAGUUCACCGUUUCUGGGAUGAUAACAAGGACGAGAUCAAAAAGCAGCUGCAGCCUCUUACGCCUGGAGCCCAAGGGAGUUCUCCGUCGGGCUACGUCGUCGACACCGGGAAUCUCAAGUCCUUGGUUUAUGGCAUCGACAUCAACAGCCCGGUCACGCGGACCGGCCCGUGCGAGGUCGGCGCACGCGCGGUAUCGUGCAGCGCCCCGGCAUGCCGGCAACUAUACGGCGGGGAGCCGUGGCCGAACUGUACCCUCGGCCCGGGAGGACCUCCCUGUCGUUACCCUUACGCCGAUCAUCACUUCCUGUACCAGGGCAAAGCCACCUUGUUCACGAGGCCCACCGCCAUGCCAGUACCCCUCUCACUCCCACUAUAUGCGUGCAGUCCCGGAGGUGGUCCCUCUGCCGCCGGCGCCGUCCUCAGCCUCGGCAGAUCAGGCACCCUGGCACGCACAGUCGGGGCUUUCUCCUACGAGCUCUCCGACGGACAGGGCGACGCCAUCUGGCUGGGCGCCCAGAGGGCGCGGCGAGUCCAAGGCGGCAAACCCACUCCGCUCAUCUCCAACCCCCUGUUCCCCAACCGCUACUACGUGCAGAUCGCCAGCAUACUGGUCGGCAACCAGCCGCUCCAGAUCCCGCGGGGAGCGCUCGACAUCCAGCAAUACGGCCGCGGCGGGGUUUACCUGAGCACAGCCAUGCCGGUCGGCAUGUACCUCAACGGAGAGGUGUACGACCUCCUCAAGGCGGCGCUGCAGGCGCCUGGUGCCACUGCCAACGGCCUGUGCUACUCGGCGGACGCGAAGGUACCGCUUCCCACCAUCACUCUCGAGUUCGCCGGCGAUGCCGUCAUGGCGCUGCGGCCAGGGAGCUCCGUCUGGAAGACGCGGGCGGAUGGGGCGCGGUGCCUGUCUGUCUUGCCGUCAAGCACCGGCGAGACCAUCGUGGGUACCAGGGCCCAGAUGGGGAGGCUUAUGACCUACGAGCUCGCGACUGGCAACGCCUUCGGUUUCGGUACAGUCACAUUUUAAGCUGAAAAGGGGUCUUGCGAAUAAGUGUGCCGCAUUGUCUUGUUUGCGUGCUCUGUUGUCAUGUUUGUGUGCAAAACUCAGCUGUGUUGGGUGGUGUGUUGAGCGUUUUGUAACCGUGUCCAGGGGGAUUGAUAUGGAGGGAAUGGAACUGAGAAAGUUAGGUGGUGUGAUUAUUAACUCAGUUUGCUGUUUGCCAGAGCACCUCCAAUACAUGAUGGAGAUGUAUAAAUAACCGUUUUUUA